UAUUACUAAAAAGCCAGCAGUGUCAUUGGUAGAGAGUGGAGAAACGCUUCUUUGGCUGAUAUUCAAUAUUAACACUGUGAGACACGCCUGGGGAACUAUUCUCUCUGGUCAUCGACUGUUUUUGUUUUGAAAUAUAUUUUCAUAUUACCCGAAAACUAACCCACUAAAUCGACAGUGCACUACUCAAGACUUAAAGGGAUAUUCUGCAAGGGAAACAGUUUUGCUGAUCCUCUCUCACUUCUUUCACAACUACACGGGAACGAAGUUGCCAUGGAAACAAUUCUCUUCUUCUGUUCGCUCCUUGUCUAUGUAGCUGCUGCAUCUGAUGCCACCACACAGGAGGGGAAAAAAGUAUUGGAUCCAUUUGAAUAUGACUAUGAGAGUUUGAGGAUUGGCGGUCUGGCAUUUGCUGUGGUUCUCUUUGCUUUGGGCGUUCUCCUUAUUCUCAGCCGGAGAUGCCGCUGCAGUUUUAACCAGAAGCAGCAGAGGGCUCCAGGUGAUGAGGAGGCCCAAGCAGAAAACCUGAUGGUAGCCAAGGCUAAGGAAACUCCAAAAGCCGAGAACUGAGAAUCAUCCAGAAAAGCACAGCUGUGACUGAACCACACUUUCCGAUGGUGACGAUGAUGCUGAAGCUGAUUCCAGUUUAUGGUUGGGGUUAGGGAUGGGCCAGUGUCAUGUAUAUAAACCUCUAGUCCUGUCAUGUGACCAGUAACUGUAUCUGUCUUUUUCUGUCUGUGCCCUUCUUGUACCAGUUCGUAUAAAGUAAGCCGUUGUAGAGAAACUAGCCACUACUUGCAGAUUGUUCAUACUGCUAGUGAUCCUCCCCAGCUGGGCUCAUGUGUUUUGUUUAAAUCGUAGGGUUUCACCAUUAGUUUAUGCCUUAUUUUCUUUUUUGUUAGUGUUAUCAAUGGUGUGGUCACUCUUGUUAAAUGUCUAUCUGCUGUUUUCAUCUUGUAGAUCAUGUAGUUUAUAUUAAGACACAGUUUUACACCUGAUGCAGAUGUGUUGAAACAUAUUUGAAUAUACGUACAUGUGUGUGUGUGUGAGAGUCUAAGUGUGUGUGUGUGUGUGUGUGUGUGUGUGUGUGUGUGUGUUUGUAGGUGGGCACAUGUGUGACAACUGAAGCUUGAAAGAGUGUGCAUAUGCAUCUGUCCAUACAAGUGAGAAAUAGUCUUGUGUCUACAUGCCUCCCUCCUGACAAUCUGACAAUUGCAGCACCCAAUUCAAACACAAGCACAGAAACUGUUCCACCACUGUACCACAGGGGGCACCACACCACUGUUCUCUAAAUCAGCUGCAACACUGCCCAGCUCUGUGCCUGCAUAAAGACCUGUGACCCGGAGUCCACAGGAGCACUCCACCUCACCAUAGUGCCACUAAACUGUCCUCCACUCUCUCAUUUUACAUGUAGCGAUUAUGUCCACUCUUCUCAAACUGCACAUUUCGCUACAAAUGUUCUGCUGUUCUGUGCAACCAAACCGUUGGUCUCGAUGGAGAUGGUGUGCUUUUGUGUGUGUCUAUGUCAUGCCACACAUUACUUGUGGUAAUAAACCUGAGAGUAGUAGAUUUGCAGGUCAGUUUGAAAAGAGAAAAAUGUAUUUACCAUUUAGCACAUUUAUGCUGGAUAUAUCUUGAAUCAUGCAGUCAGGUACAAUGCUAAGUAUUUUAGAAAAUGCUGUGUUUAUUAGAGAAAAUUAUAAAUACAUAUUCUGUACUUCUUUGUGCAGCUGUAUUGUAUGGCCACAUUUUGUGCUUUUAAAUACCAAAUAAAGUCUGUGUCUGACACAUGA